AUGUCAAUAAGCGACCAUCCCCGUGUCUACGGCACGGUAGCUCUCACAGCCGCCUUCGCCGCGGGUAUCCUCGUCACCCUUGGCUUCAAGGAUUGCUACCCUGAACUCGAGAAUCGGUACCAACGGCGGAGGAACCGCAACCUAAGCCGAUCCAAUGGCGAUUAUGGCGUCGUAGUACCCACGGCCAACCGGGUACACCGUGAGAGUCUCAUCUUCGGUCCGGUGCGACUAGAAGACCACGAGGAAGUAACAAGCAACAUCAACAGCAGUUUCGACUGGGUCGAGGGCAUCGAGGGCUGCAUCGGCAACACCCCCUUAGUCAUGAUCCGCAGCCUGUCCGAGGCAACAGGCUGUAUCAUCCUCGCCAAAGCCGAGCUUCUCAAUGGCGCCGGCGGCAGCCCCAAAGACCGAGUGGCACUCAACAUGAUCCAGGACGCCGAGGAACGCGGGCUGCUUGUGCCCGGGCGCGGCGAUACCAUUUACGAAGGGACUGUGGGCAGUACGGGCAUCUCGCUGGCGACGCUGGCGCGCGCAAAGGGGUACAAGUGCCACAUUUGCAUGCCGAACGACAUGGCGAUCGAGAAGUCGCAGCUGCUGCACCACCUGGGCGCGACGGUGGAGCGGGUCAACCCGGCGCCCAUCACGUCUCCUGAUCACUUUGUCAACCUAGCACGCAGGCGGGCGCGCGAGCACGAGGCGAUACACGCGGACGGCAGCGUCGGGUUUUUUGCUGACCAGUUCGAGAGCACGGCCAACUACCAAGCACAUGUCAAGACCACGGGACCGGAAAUCUACCGCCAGACGGGCGGGCAGCUGGACGCCUUUGUGGCUGGUGCCGGCACGGGCGGCACUAUCGCCGGCGUGGCCAAGUACCUGAAGGAGGAAAAGAACCUAUGGGAGACGCGCGUGGUGUUGGCGGAUCCGCAGGGCAGCGGGCUGUUCAACAAGAUCCGCCACGGCGUCAUGUACUCGUCGACGGAGCGGGAAGGUACACGCCGGCGUCAGCAGGUGGACACGAUGGUGGAGGGUAUCGGCAUCAACCGCAUCACGGAGAACUUUGAGUCCGGGCGGGUGCUGAUUGACGAUGCCGUGCGAGUGACAGAUGAGCAGGCCUGCCGGAUGGCUCGGUGGUUGGUGGAGCACGACGGCAUUUUUUGCGGCAGCAGCACGGCUGUCAACUGCGUGGCGGCGGUGGUGACAGCCAUGAAACUACCCAGAGGCAGUCGGGUGGUGACGUUAUUGUGCGACUCGGGCAAUAGACAUCUCAGCAAGUUCUGGAAGCAUAUUGGCGAUAUGGGGCUGGAAAACGAUACCCAGGCGCAAGCGGAGGAUCUUUUUGCGGAGUUGGGGCUAGAGGAAUUGAAGAGGUAG